AAAUCGUAUUUAAUGGUUUACUAGCUGAAGUGCCCGGCGUGGCCCGUGGAAUUAAAAUUUCAGCCCAUUCGGUACAGCCUUUUGGCCGGCUAUAGUGAAUGUGUUAUGUAAUAUUUAGGUAUUGUUGUAAACUAUUAGAAUUUUUUUGAAGUCUUGAAAAUUCACUGCAGAACCCCCGGACGCCAUGAGCCUCCGCUAUGCAGACACGAGCCUCCCAGAUUGCUAGGCAGACUGAGCCUCCGCCUUGCAGUAAGAGCCUCCACUAUACAGUAAUCGAGCCUCCGGUCUAAUUUGAUGUGGGACACCCUGUAUCUAUUGAAUAUGUAAUUUCUUGUUAAAUAUAAUGUUAAAAAGCUAGUUUUUCUACAGACCAAAGAUGGCCGACUGUGGAGGAUUAUCUCUAAGGUUGAUUAUUGACGAGGUGGACAAAGUGGAGACGGAGUUGAAGGAGCUGAGCAGAACUCAAGAGGAGGAGGAGGCAGCUGUUCAACUUCUCAAACAGAUGUUGGAGAAAGAGGAUAGGGAGAUCCAACAGGCGAAGAAGAAGAUUAUCAAGACAAAACAAGAAAUCCAAUCAAUGGACGAGAGAGAAAUGUAUCUCAAGGGAGCAGUAGAGAACGCACAGAGAUCUACGUCCAUCCUUUCGGAGAUGGAGUUCCAGACCCGGAGUAGUUUAGAUAUGGAGAGGUUGAAUAUCAGGAGAUUCCAGGAGGAUUUAGAGGAGAGAUUGAGGCGGAACAGGAUGAGGAUAGAGAGGAUCCUGGAGGAGGAGAACAGUAUCCCUCUCCUCAGGAAACUCAAGGACGCUAAGAAUAUCCUUGUCAUGGAAACCAAAAACAUGCAGAUAAACAGUAGACAGAAACAGAUGAACCCUCCAGAAAGGGUUGUGGGAUCUGAGGAGUUAAGGACUGCUGAUGAUAUCCGAGCUCAGCAGUGUACCAAGGAUUCAAAUCUAAUCCAAGAUUUGAACGAUAGUUGUAUGGAUAACGGAAAAGAAGAUAAAAUUGUAACUGAGGAUGAAACUGCCCCUAGAGAUGAGGUUAGGAUGGACGUAGAUGAGUCGGAAUUGAGGGAUUUGGGAGAAUUACAGGAUCAAAGAGAACUCCAAGCUCAAGGAGAAAUCCGGGAUUAUAGAACAUUCCAGGCAAAUAUUGAACACAAGGUUCACGGAGGAAACCAGGGACAAGGUGGUGUUCAAGAUGAAGUAGAUGUUCAGGUUCAAGGAGAUUCUCAGGUUCAAGGAGAUUCUCAGGUUUACGGAGGUGUUACGGUUCAUAAAGGAUUUAAAAACCAAGAAGCUCAUCUGGAUCAAGACCCUCUGCAGGUUCAAAAAGAUGUUUCGGUUCAAGGCCAACACAAGGGUGAAGGAGAUGCACAUCAAGAAAACCUCCAGGAUUAUGGAGAACUACAGGUACAGGGAAGAAGAAUUGACAAUGUAACAUCUGUUAUACAAAGAGUAGGAACUGGAGAAAGAAGUCUAAAAUCUCAUCAUGAGGGAGAGGACUGUAGACUUGGAUCUAAAAGAGAAUGGAAAACCUUAUAUUCUCCGGAAUACUUUGAAGACUCCGGAUCUAACUCAAACUCCAGGAAAGGAUUGACGGAGUCCGAAAGUUCUCCAACGAAGUUGAUUAGAAUAGAUAGUUGUGGUUCAAACUCUAGUUUAGACACAGAACAACUCAUUGUAAGCUCCAAGUCUACUGGAGAGGAUGGUUCCAAACCUGGCUCAGAUAAGUUAAGAGAAAGCAAUAAUAGCAUAGUACAAACUGCUCCAAUGUGCACCAUGUCUCAAUCCUCCAAUUUUAACCAAUCCAAGGAUGAAUCCAAUACCAGGUCUGAAACUAUUCUAGCCAGAUCUGAAGUAGUUGAAAAUUCCACCUUGAUUGAAACCACUGAUCUGUACAUGGAUUGCAGGGACCUAGAUAUAUCUGGAUGUGAACCAGUGGGACAUCCUACUCCAAAUACCAACAAGAAAAACAUUAAUUACGGACUGGAUCUUAUGCGUCGUAGAUCAGCGCCAGCUCUGAAUUCCGAUACAACUCAAAAUCUUGUUCCAAGUUCAAAGGGGCGCCAGGAGAAUCAGGAUCACAUUCAAACCGAGCAAACUAUUUCAUCUGUUACUUCGGAACCAGAUUGUCAGAGCAAAUUAACCUCCCCUCGAUCAGAGAAAGCUGUAGUGAACACUUCUCUAAUUGAAAACGAAACCUCGGACGGAGAAGAACCAUGUAAACCCGUUGAUCAUAAAGGUACUGGGAACUAUUUGAGCCUGGAGACCUACGGUGGGAUUCUUUCUCCCAUGAACCAGGAUUCGGAGAGGGAUGAAAAUCUCCGAAGUAGCCUUUACCAGGACCAAGCUGAUACAGUGCCGGAACUAAAUGAGAUAAUGAAUUCAUCUGAGAAUAUUUCUCAUCUCAGCUCAAAGGUGGAAAAUACUCAUCUUACUGAUUUAAAAACUCCCUCAAAGACAGCAUCACCUGCUAAACCUCAAGGCUUAUUUGAAGAUACCAGAAUAAUUGUCAAAACCCCGGGCAAGAUUUUUUCUCCAUACAGGCCUGAGUCCUCGCCCCAAUACCCACAGAAUAUCCCAUCUGAUAAAAGUGAUCAAGUAGAGGAAGUAACUUCAAAGAUAAUCCCUGAGGUUGGUUCUAAAACGAUGAAACGUUUAUCCCAGACCGAACUGAGUAAGAAAAGUUUCUCUCCUACCCAGUUCAUGAGUCAAGAGAAUAAGAUCUACUCUGAGGGUAAGAAUGAAGUUAAGAUUCAAGAUAUAAGAUUAAGAUCUAAUGAUGACGAAACUAAGUUUGGUUUUAGAAACUCCUCUUUCAAUAGUCAAACUUAUGGAGCUGGGGGAAGCACUACGGAACCCCAGUAUGGUUCGCCCGUAAACAUGAAUUUCACUAAAGGAGGAAGAUAUGUUGAGUUCUUGGCAGACACUGUGGUUGACUCUAAUACUUCAAAACAGUAUAGAUCAGAUUUGGACUCUUCCUACUUCUUCGAUCACAGACCUAUCGGUUUCAAUCACCAGUCUCGAGACGUUGACAAAGAGAGUCCAAGGAAAGAUUAUGGUGUAGGAGCUGUGAAAGAUGUUGGAGUUAGAUCCUGCGCAAGCUCCGGGACUAAUUUUUCUUCUCCUUCCUUUAAAUCCAUGGAGGCUCCUGUUAACCCAGGGUUUUCCCCUUUUGGAAGGAAGGUUACAGAAAAAACUUCUGGAUUUGGAUACUGUAAUCUAGAUUCUUCUAGGAUUGGAGAAGACACCAAUAGAACUAGAUUUGGAGUUGAGAGCACUAUGGAGUUAGGAAAGAAUUUCAGAAAUUCUGCAGGGUUGGAAACCUUUAAUUCUACAGGAUUCGGAGCUUUGGAUUCUGUAGGGUUCGGAGCACAAAGUAAAGUCGGGGUUGGAUCUGACAGUGUUUCAGGAUUUGGAUCGGGGAAACCCGGGAUUGCCUGCUUUGGUGACAGGAGUAAAGUCGGAUUCGGACCUGAUGACAUGGAAGAGUUUGGAUCUGGGAGCAAGGUUAAAUUGGGAUCAACGAGUAUUGUAGGAUUUGGUUCCGGGAGUGUAUCUGACUUUGGAAGCAGUUCGAAGCUCUGGGAGGUCAACAACUUUGGCAGAUUCUGGUUCGACAAGGAUGAAAAUGAGAACAAGGCGGAGUUUGCCACGUUCUUCAGUGGAGGCGGUGGAGACCAGGACGAGGAUUCCCCCGGCUUCCAAUUUAUUUUUGGUGGGGAUGACAAAGAGGAGAAUGAUGACGAAGAUGAUAAUGAUGGUCGGGCUCCUUUCUUCUAAAAAUGUUACUGGAGUUCACAUAUUUAGGAAGUGAACUAUAAUUAUUCUUUACAUCAUAUUUUUUCGGUUGAGAAUUGGAAAUUUUUAAGUGCAAACUAUAUAUAGUGUUGAUAUAGCAUGAAAGCUAUAGAUUUAAACAAUUCAAUUCCGGGUUAGAUGUAUAAAUAUGAAGUUUACGCAUACUUGUUAGGAAUUACGUCUAGUACAUAUAUAUGUAAUCACGAAAAUCUUAUUAAAUUAUUUCCUGGUUUUCUCAACAAAAUUUUGUAAUAUAAUUAAA